AUGAUUAUGGAUUACCGAAAAAGUGGUCACUUUUGGCCACAUUUCCACAAUUGGAGACAAUUGUUGGGCCAAACAUUGGAUCUAACCUUCAGGAGUGAACUCUCACUGAAUCUCUACAAAUCGAUGUCCACUCGAAAGGAGUAUAUCUGGGAUAGUAUUGAUGGGAAGGGAUGUGUUUGCAGUUCACAUACCGGCGCCGUAUUCAACGUGGAGUACAGUCCCGACGGGCGUACAUUAGUGGCGGCCACAGAAAACAAGAAAGUAUUGAUAUUUUGUGCCAACUCUUACCGGUUAUGCAAAGAGAUCCCAAACGCUCACAAUUCGUGCGUUAAUUUAGUCAAAUUCUUGGACACAAGAACUUUUGUCACGUGUUCUGAUGACAAAACUCUCGCCGUUUGGGAUCUCAGGAAUUGUAGCAAAAAAAUCAAGUCAUUAAAAGGACACCAAAAUUGGGUGAAGAGUAUUGAAUACGACAGCUCUCGGGGUGUACUUCUGUCGGCCGCUUACGACCAAACGGUUCUCAAAUGGGAUAUCAAUGGCUCGUCUUGUAGUCCGCAGAAUGUGCUCCAAAUCAAGAAUAUGUUACGAAUGGUAUUGACGCCCGACUCGACUAAAAUGAUUAUAUCGACGGCUGACGGAUAUCUUCUUAUUAUUCAUGACUUGGAUUUGAAUACAUUAGCCGACGAUUUGAGAGAUUUUGUGCCCGAUUUAUAUCGGAUAAUGCAAGACGACUGUAGUUAUGGCCAAGACUUGGGCUCAUGGGUUAACCCACUCUUUACUGCCAAAACAAAUAGAGUUGAAUUGAUUUCAGAUUUUCCAGAGAUUGACAAAAAUGGAUACAUAACUACAUUAGAUGUUCACCCCUUUGGUUGGUCUGUACUCUCGAGGAAUACGGCGGCCGACGAGUUGUCCGAAUGGACGUGCAUUCAUGAUAUCAUGAGUUCAGACAAACCAUUAGAAUUGAAAUCAAUUAAAAGACCCCAAGAAUCCAAUUUUUCGAGACAAAAGUUAUCUCAAAUCAAUUCUAACGGAACUGAAAAUACUGUCAAUUCCAAUGAUUUGCCCGAGACUUCUAUUAUAGUGAUCAGCAAUCAAAUGGGGUCAACACAACCGCACACAAUGUUUGUCCGCCAAAACAGACAUUGUUUGCCAAACAGUGAUUCCGAUAUCUAUGUCUAUAAAAACAAUCCGCGUUUAAAGUAUUACAUCAACGAAUUGAAUGAAAACCACGGAUUCAUUAAAGAGUUGUGUUUUAGUCGCGACGGAAGGAUUGUCUGCUCUCCCUAUCAGUUUGGCUAUCGAUUGCUCUCCUUUGACGACAAGUGCUCACAAAUGUCCGAUUGUUUAUCAGAUGAACCAAAAGUGUUAUACGAGCUCAAGAAGAGCUUAUGUCACCCGGACUUUGUGGUGACCACUAAAUUCUCUCCCACUCACUACCAAAUCGCUUCCGGAUGUCUUAAGGGACGCGUGUUUGGGGAAACGGUUUGGAAAUGUAUUGAAUGCAGUGUUUGUGGCAAAUAUUGGGCGCAUUUGGCGUUCAUUAUAGCGAAAGCCACCGUCAAAUGGGAUCCCAAGAACCUCGAGAUCAAAACACAUUCGGUAGAGAAGACAUUGGAACCGCUGGUGAUGCAGGUGACAACUUUGGUCAACACAAAGGGUCCGUCCAAGAAGAAGAAGGGCAGGUCUAAGAGGGCUCACGUAUUGGUGGCCGCCGUAGAGAAGGCCACCGAAAACUUCAUCCUAAAGGGCGAAGAGAUAGCUCUGGAAAAUCCAGACAUCAAAUCGGAAAUGCUUUUAGCCGUAGAAGAGGUGAAAAAAGCGGGCGAAACGAUGGGAAAGGCGUCGCGAGAGUUCGCUGAAGACCCGUGCAGUUCAAUAAAGAGGGGAAAUAUGGUAAAAGCCGCACGAAAUCUGUUGUCUGCUGUGACCAGACUUUUGAUUCUGGCCGAUAUGGUAGACGUCCAUCGACUUCUCAAGUCAUUACAAGUGGUUGAGAAUGAUUUGGAUAGAGUUAAGAGCGCUUCCAGUCAUUCAGAAUUAGUGGAAUCGUUCAAAAGCUUCGGCAAAAAUACUGCCGAUCUUAUCAGUCAAGCGGCCAAAAGACAGGCAGAGCUGAAAGACCCGCGACUGAGGGACGACUUGGCGGCCGCUCGGGCUAUACUUAAGAAGAAUUGUAUGAUGUUAUUGACCGCUUCCAAGGUCUACGUCAGACAUCCGGAACUGUCAGCCGCUAAGGAGAACAGAGACUUCAUAUUCAGACAGGUUUGCGAAGCUGUCAGUGCUAUCAGUGAUGUCGCUCAGGGAAAGCCCGCAAACAACGGCCUCACAGGCCUUCCAUUCGACGGUCCCGGAGAACUGGCCGCAGCUCUCGACGACUUCGAUGACAGCAUUAUUAUGGAUCCAUUGGUUUAUAAUGAGAUGCGAACGCGUCCUCUACUAGAAGAAAGGCUGGAAAGCAUUAUAAGCGGCGCCGCACUUAUGGCCGACUCUUCGUGUACUAGAGAUGAGCGCCGGGAGAGGAUUGUUGCCGAAUGUAAUGCCGUUCGUCAGGCGCUGCAGGACUUGCUCUCGGAAUAUAUGGCAAACGCCGGGCGUCGAGAGCCCGAAGAAUCGUUGGGCAAAGCGAUUGAUCACAUGAAUCGCAAAACAAAGGAUUUGAGACGACAGCUGAGGAAAGCGGUGAUCGAUCACGUGUCCGACUCCUUCCUCGAGACCAACGUUCCUCUUCUGGUUCUGAUCGAAGCGGCGAAGAAGGGAAGUGUGACUGAAGUGGAGGAAUACGCGCAGGUGUUCACUGAACACGCGUCCAAACUGGUGGAAGUGGCAAAUCUCGCGUGCAGUAUGUCUUCCAACGAAGACGGCGUCAAAAUGGUUCGUUACGCCGCCUCUCAGAUCGAGAGUCUAUGUCCUCAAGUGAUAAACGCGGCGCGCAUUCUGGCCGCUCGCCCGCGAUCUAAAGUGGCCCUCGAGAACAUGGAGGCCUUCCGGGAGGCGUGGGAUAAUCAGGUCCGCAUCCUUACCGAAGCGGUCGACGAUAUCACUACCAUCGAUGACUUCUUAGCCGUUUCUGAGAAUCACAUCUUAGAAGACGUGAAUAAGUGUGUGUUAGCUCUGCAAGAAGGAGACGCCGACAGUCUGGACCGAACUGCCGGUGCUAUUCGCGGCCGAUCUGCUCGCGUAUGUAAUGUAGUGACCGCUGAGAUGGAUAACUACGAACCCGGAGAUUAUACCGAACGGGUGUUGGAAGCAGUGGUUUGUCUAAGAGAUCAAGUGAUGCCUAAAUUCGCUGAAAGAGUAGAGAUGGCAGUCGACGCUCUGACCAGUGAUCCGCGCGGAGAAGUGGAUGAAAAUGAGUUCAUCGAUGCGUCGCGUCUUGUUUAUGAUGGCGUCCGUGAGAUCAGACGAGCCGUACUUCUCAACAGAACUGUCGAAGAACUUGAUUCCGAAACAGAGAUCGAAUACGAGGACAAUACUUAUGAGACUCGAAGCAAAUCGAGUAUUCACACGGACUUCGAUGAGUAUCCGGAUAUCUCAGGAAUCAAUGCCUAUCGUUUCGUCUCAGAGGAGGAGAAGGAGAAGAUUGCAGAACAGGUCGAGACAUUCAGAACUGAGAAGAAUAAGUUUGAUCGGGAAGUGGCCAAAUGGGAUGACACCGGGAAUGACAUUAUUGUGAUCGCCAAAGAGAUGUGUAUGAUUAUGAUGGAGAUGACUGACUUCACCCGUGGUAAGGGUCCCCUCAAGACUACUAUGGAUGUGAUCAAUGCGGCUAAAAAGAUAUCAGAGUUCGGCACCAAACUGGACAACUUUGCCCGACAAAUAGCAGACCAAUGCCCCGAAUCGGACACUAAAAAGGAUUUGAUUUCAUAUUUGGCGAGAAUUACUUUAUAUUGUCAUCAAUUGAAUAUCACUUCCAAAGUGAAGGCAGACGUCCAGAACAUAUCAGGAAAUCUAAUUGUUUCGGGGCUCGAUAGCGCCACUUCACUAAUACAGGCGGCAAAGAAUUUGAUGAAUACAGUGGUUCUCACUGUCAAGUCUUCAUACGUCGCUUCCACUAAAUACCCGAGAGGACAACAAAUGAUGUCGCCGAUAGUUGUCUGGAGAAUGAAAGCCCCGGAAAAGAAACCAUUGGUCAGAAGAGAAAAGCCAGAAGAGGUUCGCGCGAAAGUGAGACGCGGAUCGCAAAAGAGAAAUAUCGCUCCCAUUAAGGCUUUGAGUGAAUUUCAAAGUCCCGCAGAAUCGGUGUAAAUAUAUUACAAAUCUAUAAACAGAUUCUUUGCCAACAAUUAUAAGCUUUAAAAUAUAUUUAACGUCUGAUUUGACAUUCCGUUCACACGAGGGCUUCCCCUCUAAUUUACACAAUAAUUUAAAUUUAAAUAUCAAAUCUAUUUGUAAUAAUUUAUUAUAUUUUGAAUGCAAACAAAUUCAAGUAAUAACUAAUUUAUAAUGCGAAGCAACAAAUGGUUUAAAACCGAUUGAUUGCCAAAUAUAUUGAUAGCUGUAUAUUAGGGUCAAAACUAUAGCAACUCGUUGUAACGAUUUAUAAUUCAAUUUAAAAGGGUUUGUGUUGUUGUCGUUCGGAAUCACAACAUAAAUGAAUACAAUAAAUGGGAGAACACAACACAUUAUAUACAAACUUAUUUGUUUCAGUGUUUACGUAGACUUAUGUUUAGUAUUUUGUGAAAACUUCUCUUAAGUGCCUCUUUUUUAAUUAAAGUUUUUAAUUUUCAGAUUUUUAUAUUAAUUAAAGACAUUUAUAUUAUAAA